AGGUUUGAUGAUUAAAUACUGAUAUAAUGGCGGCUGUCCUAGGACGAACUGAGAUCGGAAUAAAAAAGACCGGUACUUCUGUGUCAGUCGCUAAUGAUCCAAGAGCUAAACUGAUGUACUAUCUAGAUUGUAUCUGCUGUGCGUUAGACCUCAGUGACACAGAUAACCUAACCAGUCUAAGAAACUACAGACAAUACUAUUCACUGACUGAGGCGGAAACUGACGCCCUUAUAACACUCUGCUUUCUCUUGUCCCCAGAUGAGCUAUCUGGCAAAGUCAUUUUCCAGGAUGACACUAUGUGUGGGGAUAGCAGUAAUGAAUUUUAUGAAAUCAGUGCCGUACGUAACAACUUGGUCAUCUCUGAUUCUAUAAUUAUUGGUGGACAACGCAGAGCCGUUUCGGAAAUCAUGGCGUUCAAACAACAAUGGCUGAUCAACAAUUGGGUCAAUCCAAUGAAGCAUUUUGCUCCUCGACUUGCUCGAAUUACUGGUGCUGCCCGAGCUGUUACCGGAAGUUCACCUCCAAGACGCGCAAUCGCAUACAGGACGUCAUCCGAGUCUAUCGACAGGAGUGACAACAGUAACAGCGACGACUGCUGUUGCGUUAUCCUGUAAAACAUUCGCUUCUUCGUUGGACGCAUGUUUUGUUACCUGUAAACAGAGUAUCAAUGUUACAUGAAUCUUAAUUUACAUUUAUGGUGUUCGACAUAAUGAUUGUAAUGUGAUACAUAAAUGACCUGUGAAUUACACUUUAUAUAUAUUUAUUAAAUAUGUUAUUUCAUUUACUAAUCUAAGCAUGAUUUAUUUAGCAUAUUUUGAUAAAACAAUCAAUGGGAAAUUCUUAAUGAUGUCUAAUUGCUGAUAUAAGAUAAAAUUAGUUUGUUUACAUGUUUGAAAAUAUUUAUAUUGUUAAUUCAUUCAAUGAUUUUACUUACAUAUUGUUUUAAUGAUUUGGUUUCUAAGUUGAAAUGAAUCUUAAAAUCCUUGGAAAUAAUCUUACUACUAAUCAUAAAGAACAAAACGCAACAAUUAUAUAUUUAUACGCACGAACAGAUUACGAUGUAUUUUUUUAUUUGGAAAAUCAAAUUCAGCCAGACAAUAUGAUAGUAUACCCGGUGAAUAUAAUUUUUUUUUCUGGUGACCACUUUAUUAAGCUAAUGACAUUACAGCUUAAUGCAGCUUUAUGGUCAACAAUGCGGAAUUAUCUUAAUUUAACAGAGAGUGUUUCAAAAUAAACCAGAAGUGAAAAGUCUUUAUACAUAUACAUUGUAUCCGGUAAAUUCCUAAUUAUGUGCAAUUUUCUGUAAGUUAAAUAACUGAUGAUGAAAAUAUGCAGUUUUAUUAUUCGACAUAUUGUCACUCAAAGUUCAUACGCUUACAUAUAUAUUAUACUCAAAUACAUGUAUACCGAUAAAUGCUAUAAGUAUCUUUCUAAAUGAAAAUAUAAUAAGCAUCAUAUGUAAUUAAUGUAGUCUAUUAGUAGGGAAACAACCCUGGCAUGUCAUAAUGUUCAUAUGUAUACUAGUUACAAGUAAAAACUUAUAAACCUAGAAUAUUUUCUUUCCAAUCCGGAGAUCUGGCAUUUGUCAGCAAGUUGUCUCUUUUUCAAAAUAAAAUUUUGAUUCAUUAUAUCGCAGAGUCCGAUAUCCGGACAAUUUAUGUCCGAAGAAAAUCAGCCAUAUGUUCUUUAAAAGGCGUAUAAUACAUGUAUUAUAUCCAUGUAAUUGUUAAUCUUUCCAAUGGUCUGGCAUUUUAUACAACAAUAGACAAAAUACUGAAAACCUAAUUUUCCUCAGUAAAACGUUAACAAUAUA